CCAACGCCUUCGCCCAAGGGUUACUUGGUUGGAGCGGUGCUGCUGCCCGGAGCCGAGCGGACCGCAGGGCUGUUGGCAGGCGGUGCCCUCUUUCCCUAGCUCAGUUCUCUGCAGCUCUUGGCCGUGACAGGUGCUUGUGUCCGCGCCUGUCGCGGACGCAUUCUGACCCCGGCCCUUCCUCUCUCUGGAGACUGCCUAUGGCUGGGGACCGAGUGAGGUCGUUGCCUUGACGACGGCAGCAUGCGGCCCGCGGUCCUCGGAAGCGUGAGCUUGCGGAGGGCAGAAGCCAAUCUGCCUCCCUACCUGCUUCACCUAGGACCAGUAACUGCGUCCGCAGAGAAAAUCCCAAUACUGGGAUUGCUAGUUUUGCUAGUCAGCAUCUUUUAGAUCUGCUAGCGAGAUGCAUAUCACCUCCAAUUUGUUUCCAAGUUGAAAACCUUUGGCUCUUUCCAUGUGAAGGGUUUGGAAGACAUACAAGAAAAAUUCCUACUGGUUUUAAAUUACAAUGGAAAAAUAUGAGAACCUAGGAUUGGUUGGAGAAGGGAGCUAUGGAAUGGUGAUGAAGUGUAGGAACAAAGACAGCGGAAGAAUUGUGGCUAUUAAGAAGUUCUUAGAAAGCGACGAUGACAAAAUGGUAAAGAAAAUCGCUAUGCGAGAAAUCAAGUUACUAAAGCAACUGAGGCAUGAAAAUUUGGUGAAUCUGUUGGAAGUAUGUAAGAAGAAAAAACGCUGGUACCUAGUCUUUGAAUUUGUUGACCACACGAUUCUUGAUGACUUGAAAGUAUUUCCAAAUGGACUAGACUAUCAAGUAGUUCAAAAGUAUUUAUUUCAGAUUAUUAAUGGAAUUGGAUUUUGCCAUAGUCACAAUAUCAUACACAGAGACAUAAAGCCCGAGAACAUACUAGUCUCUCAGUCUGGUGUUGUGAAGCUAUGUGACUUUGGAUUUGCACGGACGUUGGCUGCUCCUGGGGAGGUUUACACUGACUACGUGGCCACCCGGUGGUACCGAGCUCCAGAACUGCUGGUUGGUGAUGUCAAGUAUGGCAAGGCUGUUGAUGUCUGGGCCAUUGGUUGUCUGGUCAUUGAAAUGCUCAUGGGGCAGCCCCUAUUUCCGGGAGAAUCUGAUAUUGAUCAGCUUCACCAUAUCAUGACAUGUUUAGGUAAUUUAAUUCCAAGACACCAGGAGCUGUUUUAUAAAAACCCCGUGUUUGCUGGAGUAAGAUUGCCUGAGAUCAAAGACAUAGAAACAGAACCCUUGGAGUGCCGCUAUCCCAAGCUCCCUGAAGUUGUAAUAAAUCUAGCAAAGAAAUGCUUGCAUAUUGACCCGGACAAAAGGCCCUUCUGUGCUGACCUUCUACAACAUGAUUUCUUUCAGAUGGAUGGAUUUGCUGAGAGGUUUUCUCAAGAAUUGCAGUUAAAAAUAGAGAAAGAUGCCAGAAAUAAUUCUUUACCCAAAAAAUCUCAAAACAGAAAGAAAGAAAAAGAUGAUACCUUAGGUGAAGAAAGAAAGACGCUUGUGGUCCAGGAUACUAAUGCUGAUCCCAAAAUGAAGGAUUCUAAAGUGCUUAAAAUAAAAGGGUCAAAAAUUGAUGGUGAGAAAACUGAAAAAGGAGGUAGAACUUCAAAUGCAGGCUGUAUCCAUGACAACGGGACAAGCCACAUCAAAGGCUUGCCUUCCACAAGCCUCAGAGACUGCAGUAAUGUCAGCAUUGACCACCCGAGAAACCCAGGCAUGGCGAUUCCUCCACUCACACACAAUCUUUCUGCGGUUGCUCCUGGCAUCAAUGCUGGGAUGGGGACUAUUCCUGGAGUUCAGAGUUACAGAGUGGAUGAGAAAACUAAGAAAUACUGUAAUCCAUUUGUUAAAGCCAGCCAGCCUUCCCCAUCAGGGAUCUAUAACAUGAAUGUGACCACAUCCGUCUCUAGUGAAAAGUACCUCCUUCAGGCAAGUAAGAAAAGGAAGGAGUAUUCCAAAGCAGAUGUGCGGCUGCCUGAACUAAACUAUAAUCAUCUCCCGGAACUGAGAGCUUUAGAAGGCUUAGCUCGAAAUUCUAGGCUAAUAAAGAAGGAGAACAAAUCUCUUUCAGAAUCUCGAAUUCCCUCCCUGGCUGCUAUUGACCUGCAUGCUUCCAGUAUUGCCUUACACCAGGGAUCAGGAUCGCCCCUGUCCGAGGAUUCUGAGGGUGAUCUGCCUCGAAUGGAACACCAGCACUGAGACUCACUAACCUGACAGGUUUCUAGGAAGAUUCUGUGUAAAGUGUUUGGUGCGCACCCUGCUUCUAGAUGCUGCCAGCCCUGAGAUGACGUCCUCUUGCAACCAGAGCACCCGUGAAAUCUGCAGGCCGACUCUUGCCUUUUCAACUACCUACGUUUUCUAAGAAAGGCUUUCUAGAAGAAGGCAAGACAGACUUCCACAUACUUCAAAGGAAGAUUGAACAAGUGCCCCCUGCUGUUAUCCCUUUCCCCUUUUCAACCUAUUGAUGCUAUUUCAAGAUAUAUCCAUGAAAGACUAGUGAUGCAGUUCUGUUACAUGAAUGUGUAUUUGAUAUUAGUUAGAUUGUGUAUUUAAAGUUCUCUGAGAUUAAAAGUGAGUAAAAAGGAAAGAAUCACUAUAAAAGGUCAUGUUCUUGUGCAUUGAACUUUGCAUAUUAUCUAUAUAAAUGUUUACAGUUGGAGGAAAUGAAAAAAGAAGCUAGGAUCUGUAAGAGAAGUUUCCUUUACCUUUCCUGUAAGAACACAUUUAAAAAGCUUGCUUCUAGGCAUUAAGGUGGUGUGAGCCUGCUGUCUGUUGGUAGAUGUGUGUCUUUGUUUUCUGUCCUUGUGAAGGGACUCUGCUCUCUGCUGGUCUAAGACCUGUGCUGGUACUAAUCAGCGGAGUCCUGUUGUUUCUAAUGCCUUGGCUUGGCUAGUCCUGUGCGGUGAGAGUUUCUGUUGCUCAUGUUGUAUGUGGAAUGCUGCACCCUGGAGUUAAGAACAGAGCCUCUCCCCCUUAAAAGUAAAAAGGUAUACAAAAUAAGAGAUGGUGCACAGCUGCCUAGUCACCUAGGCAGUUCUGUCGGGCAGUCACUAUCAGUCAAGUGAAGAGGCUUGGUGGAAGCUUUUGUGGACUCCAGUCUUGUCUGUGAUAGUGGUUGUGACAGAGGCUGAUAGUGUAUUGGACCCACAGAAAUUCCUGUUGCCUUGUUACUGCAAAUACUUAGGUUUACCCAAAAGCCUUUUUACCAAGGUGCAAAGUUAUUUCCCUGCAUUCCACAGAUGCUUUCUGCUGUAUAGGUUUACAACCUUUUAGGUGGGAGGAGAAGACCAGUUUGACUCCAGGGUUUUGAUUACUGGGUUUCCAGCCAUGCUCCAUGUUUAUCGUUUGAGAACAUAGCUCUUCAGGGGGCCAGAAUUUGUGUAGGGUUUUUGUAUCAACUAUCUAAUAGUGUGCUUUUCUCAAAAGUCAUUGACUAGAAUUUAGCCUAAGAGUUGAAUGAGAAUUCUCCAUUACUUUGGGGAUUUAAAAAUGAAACUCUAAACCUGGACAUGUGGGACCUCAAAGGAGUAGACAUUCCAGAGGAGGCAAGAAUAAAAGGUUCCCACGUAAAAGUCUGUUGGUACUAGUUAAACUGCAGUCUUAUUUAUAUUUAAAAGCUGUGUUUUAAACCUCUGAUCAUGGGUUUGCCUAGGCUAGUUAGACUAACACGCUGGUAAAGUCACUCUAUCAGCAGAAGGGGGCUUUCUGCUAACAUCCAUGACUUACUGUUGUGUUGAAAAGCAUCGCCCACAGACAGCAGCGUGGAAGACAGACAGCUGAGGUCACCCAGCGCAUGGCAGUGUCAUCUUCAUGUAAAGGCCAACGCGGAAUUUUAGCUUGACGACUGAGCGAGGGUCUAUCAGCCACUUAUAAUCUGUGUACUUGGGUUUGGUAUCUUUGGCCUAGUAAGACACUUUAUGAACUUUAGAAUUAAGGAAUUAAAAAUAAUUUUCUAAGUCCUUAUUGUUAUUUGAAGAUCAUUUUUGGUUAGAACUUUGGUGUGGCGCUAAAGAACUAAAGAUUGUUCAGAUCAAGUCUGUAGGUACUGACCAAAACAAUAUCUGUUUUCAGUUUGUGGGGUUUAGUCCCUUCUUGCAAUAAUGGACUUAUAUGGACAUGCUAAUGUGAAGUGAUUUUAAGUACUUUUGAGAGACAAUGGGCUUGCUGUGCCUACCUAUGUUUUAAAAUUAAUAAAUAUUGUCUAACUAA